AUCUUCUUUACAGCCUCCCAAAUAUCCAGUAGCACGUCGUUUUGCAAUAACAAAGCAGCAGAGACAAUGGCGAUUGUAAUCAAAGAAGUUGCUAUCGACGCCCCCAUCGUCUCCUCCUACAAUGACCGCAUCCGGCCAUUGCUGGACUGCGUUGACAAACUUCGGCAUUUGAAAAUAGCCCAGGAGGGGAUUCAACUUCCGACCAUCGUCGUCGUCGGAGACCAGUCCUCCGGCAAGUCGAGCGUUCUUGAAUCUCUCGCCGGCAUCAGCCUUCCCAGGGGGCAGGGCAUAUGCACCAGAGUCCCUCUUAUAAUGCGACUCAAGAACGUCCCCAACCUCGCCCAGCCGGAGCUCCACCUUGAGUUCAACGGAAAAGUCGUUCAGACAGACGAAACCAGUGUCGCCGAUGAUAUUGUUCUGGCUACUGACGAAAUUGCUGGAAGAGGGAAAGGGAUUUCCCACACGCCGUUGACGUUGACGGUGAAGAAACAUGGCGUGCCGGAUUUAACGAUGGUUGAUCUUCCUGGAAUCACCAGAGUCCCUGUUCACGGCCAGCCGGAAGAUAUUUACGAGCAAAUUUCAAACAUCAUAAUGGAGUAUAUUUCCCCACAAGAGAGCAUCAUCUUGAAUGUUCUCUCAGCCAGCGUUGACUUUACAACCUGCGAGUCAAUCCGUAUGUCCCAGAAAGUUGAUAAAACAGGGGAGAGGACACUGGCCGUCGUGACGAAGGCUGACCGUGCACCAGAAGGGCUGUUGGAAAAGGUCACCGCCGAUGACGUGAAUAUCGGUCUCGGCUACGUCUGUGUCAGAAACAGAAUAGGAGAAGAGUCUUAUGAUGAAGCAAGAAUGGAAGAAGCCAGGCUGUUCCAGACCCACCCUUUGCUGUCAAGAAUUGAUAAGUCCAUUGUUUCUGUUCCAGUCUUGGCUCAAAAGCUGGUUAGAAUCCAGGCGACCAUAAUCUCCAAAUGCUUGCCGGAGAUUGUUAGGAAGAUCAAUGACAAGCUGUCGGCGAACAUGGCUGAUCUAAACAGCUUGCCGCAAAAUCUCUCCUCUGUCGCUGAAGCUUUGACUGCUUUCAUGCGGAUUAUCAGCUCUUCGAAGGAAUCUCUCAGAAAGAUUCUGAUAAGAGGUGAAUUUGAAGAGUACCCUGAAGAAAAAAUAAUGCACUGUACGGCUAGGAUGGUGGAGAUGCUGAAUGCAUACUCCGGGCAGAUUCAGGCAUACCGCUUCAGCUUUGAAGGAAACACCAACUUCUUGAUGGAUGAUAUAAUGGCUUUGGAAGAGGCGAAAGAAAUCGGGCUGCCGAACUUUCUCCCUCGUGGUGUGUUUCUGAGCAUUCUCCAAAAAAGGGUGAAGGGUAUUUCAUCAAUGCCGAGGGAUUUCAUCGACAAGUUCUGGGAUUAUAUCGAAGGGAUCGUAGUGAAAGUUCUGCAGCAGCACUCGGAAAACUACCCCCAGCUUCAAGCCUCAAUGAGAAGGGCUGCUCAGAAUGUGAUUUCCAAGAAAAAGGAAAAGUCUUUCCAUUGGGUGAAGGAGAUCAUUGGAAUGGAGAUGCUGGCUGAUUACUCAUGCAACCCGGAAUACACUGCAACUUGGAACAAGCUGAUGGAGAAGCAGCAAGAGUUUCUUGAUAUUCUGAAUGACGUCUCUAAGGGUUCGAAGAUGAGCAUUGACGGAGAGGAGGUUGAAAUCGGGCAUCUCCGAUAUUACCGGGACAAUGUGAAACAAGCCUUUGACAUGAGGAUGAGGAUUAUGGCCUACUGGAAGAUUGUAAUGAUGAGGCUGGUGGAUUCAAUGGCUUUACAUAUUCUGUUCAGUGUCCAGAAGCUGGUGAACAAGGACAUGGAGGAUGAGAUUGUUGCUGAUCUGAUGGCUCCACACGGAGGAGGAAUAGAGAGGAUGUUGGAGGAGUCUCCAGUCGUGGCUGAGAAGCGUCAGCGUUUGACUAAGAGUCUUAAGCUGCUGAAGGAAUCGAAGGACGUUGUGGCGAACAUAAUGGAUCGGAUUAUGCUCAAUGAUGGCCCUAUGCAUUAGUGAAUCAUAUCCAUUUGGAAUGAAUUUAAUAACUCUCUGCUAUAUGCCUAGAUGCAUGGCAUGACUUUGUCUUUUUUUUCUUCUUCUUUUUGCAUGGCAUGGCAUGGCCUUGUUUUGAUGAUUUGUUUAUCAUGUGACUGAAGUGAUUCAGCUUUUUAUCUUUAUAGUCGAAUGAAUCAUUCUAAAAUUUAAUAGCU